UGCUUCUGCUUCUGACUUCAUCCAGUCAGUGCAUCGCUGACCGUCAUACAGUCGGCCGGUUCGAUUUUUGUGUGCGUGGUUGGGUGUCUUUCUCGUCGUCCGGUGGUGAUCGAGCGCGGUUGAAUUUUGGGCGAUCGAGUUGUUUGUGUUUUUUCGGAUUUGUUUACAUUUUUUUAACUGCCUGCUACAUGGUUUCUGCCAGUUUGUUUGGGUUUCCAUUGUUGACUGGCUUGUUGCAUCUUGCACGCGAACCCAUCCUGGCUGGUAGUGGAUGGAAAACGUGAAAAUCGACGCCUGCGUGUUGAAAAUUUCUUGUGUUUCCGAGUGAAUGUUUGUCAUUGCCGAUUGUAAUGUGCCCUCAUUUAUUGUGUUCUUCGACGAAGGCCAGUGGUUACAACGGGUGUGAUUAGAUUUGAGUGAUUUGCGAAGCAAGAAUCGAUUAAUUCUAGUUUUAUUGAAGUUAAUUGUCCACAGUCACGAAAGUUCCACACAUCUGUUCGAAAAAGUGCAUAAGUUGCAGCGUUUCCGGUGUUCAAGUGUCACCUGUUUGGAUGUCGGUUUCAAAUUUCAAAACGUAAACAGAGUCAACCCGACGACGAGCAGUAGCAGCGUGUGAUUGGAUGAUUCAUCGUGGAUUCUGCGCAAGGACAUCGCUGCCAGGAUAUGCAGGACCGGGUUUUUAUGAAUGAAAGCGUGUGACCCUUCGGGAUCUCCCCUGCGUGCCGACAGGAUACGCGACAUCAAUGUCUCGCCGUUGACGCCAGCUUUCUGUGUAGCUUCCCCGCACCUACCCCGCGUGGUCUGAAAUCAGCUGCUUUUACUACAUCUUGGAAUUACGUAUCGUCCAGAACCAGGGCGCCAGGUCCAGUCCAAACGAACCUGGUCAAGGUUUUCUUUUUUUUUGUGAAGUGCAAUAAAAAAGUAAAAGGCGCAUUUAAAUCGUGAAGUGUCGUAUAUCUCUGGCCGGAGAAUGUGGUGCAUCAGCUCGUGUCUUGGAAAGAGCGAAAUUAAUUAAAGGAAGGUGUCGGCUCAGUGCCGUCUCACUGCGAAUCCAGUUCUGGUUGGGGGGAAAAAAGAUAGGUGGAGCGAAGAAGAGAGAAAUCGCAAACCAAGCAGGAAAAAGAAAUAAGUUUGGAAGUGUUCUGCCGCCGGUGGCUUGGUUCGUGUUGUGGUUACUGAGUUAGCAUAAAAAUUAAUACGAAAAAAAAGGUUCACCUUCAAAGAAGGGAUCAGUGAGUGCAUAAAGUGUGAGGAAGCUUCCCCAAGAAGAUCGACGACGAUGGCUCGGUUUGGUAGUAGGCGAAAUGUCUCGGAUCGUUAUACCCUUUCGAGGAUGCUCUGCAUAGCGAGGAUCGUUUUGAUAGUGAUGGCCCACUGCUGUACAAUUGUUCUGGGGAAGCCGUUCGUGCCUUCUCGAUCGAGUGGGAAUCAGGCGAAAGCGUGGGACUUCGAUGAUAAUGUGCAAAACUACCUGAUGGAGUUUGGUUAUUUGCCCAAAUCGAACAUCGAAACGGGCAACUUACGGACAAUGGAGCAGCUGCAGGAAGCGGUGCGAUUGUUUCAGAACUUUGCGAACCUGGACCCGACGGGUAAAAUCGACCAGGACACGCUGGAGCUGAUGCGGAAGCCCCGCUGCGGGGCUCCCGAUCUGCCCAGCUCCCGCGAUUUUAUGCCAUCGAACAGUCUCAGCCCGUUGCAGUUCCAGCAUCAUCGGCGGCACCGGCGCUUCGUCAUCCAGGGCCAGAAGUGGGAGCAUCCCAUCGUAACUUGGAGGUGAGUUGCACAUGGAAAGGCCAA